GCAGUCGGAAGCCGGCCAUUCAGGAAUGGGAUGGCGUCACGGUACCAGUUUCAUUCAACAAAGUUUCAUUCAUGAAUUGGAGGAGACGUGAUUGAACUAGCUAUCGGAGGGGGCAAUGCUGAGGGUACUUUAAGGGGACGUGACGCCAUAACCGGUUCCUUUGUUGUGGUUGAUGGGAGGAAACGAGAACUGUUUGGAGCGAGAGGAUUCAGAGCCCUGCGCAGAGGGAGCAGGUGCUGGUGGAGGUGGGGAAGAUGAUUGGCUCGUACCCUUUCAAAUUCCAGGGCGCCCGCAUCCUGUCUGGGGUGGAGGAAGGGGCAUACGGCUGGAUCACCAUCAACUACCUGCUCAGCUCCUUCAUCAAGUACUCCUACGAAGGGAAGAGGCUGCACCCCAAGAAUGGAAAGAUCCUGGGUGCCCUGGACAUGGGAGGUGCCUCCACACAGAUCACCUUCACCCCUGAAGGACGGAUUGCAGACAAACAGACCGAGGCCUUCUCUGCGUUUUUCUACACGUUUGACUUUCUUAAGCUGGCUCCACGGUCCUCUCUGGAUGUUACGAAGAAAACCACUGAAGAAUUCUGCAAGAGAGACUGGAGCAGCCUGAAGACAGACUUUCCCACAGAGAGGGAGAAUAAUCUGAGAGAGUACUGCGCCACCAGCUAUUACAUCACCACUCUACUGGCUGAUGCCUACAAGUUUGACAACCAAUCAUGGAACAAGAUCGUCUUUGAGAAGAAGGCCGAUGACCCCGAUAUCGGCUGGAUGCUGGGCUACACGCUGAACUUGACCAACCUAAUCCCCACUGAGACCCCUGCGAGCUGAAAGGUCAUGGCUACAGCGUGCGGGCCACCUCGGUCUUCUUCAUCGUACUGGUCAUUGCGCUGAGCCUGCUGGCCCUGGUAGUGCAGUGCUACACUCAAUGCCGCCGCAGCUUCAGCUCACACCAGUCAGCAACUGAGUCACCAAAAAGGGGACAGUGAAGAAGAGGAGGAGGAGGGGGACGAGGUCUGGUUAAUAUAGAGGCCAAGUAUGGAUUUGUCCCCAUCCUGGUUUUUGAUGCUGAAAUGACAGCAAUGGUACGGGUACUUCAGCAAAAAAAUGAUUUUACUGUAUUUUAGUGGAGCUCUGUGCAUGGCACAACAUUUUAUAAACUAUCCUGUAUCAUUCGAAACUUAAGGAUCUGAAAUCUAAAUACUCCAUUUCUGUCUUCAAUUGUACAGUGUAUGAUUACAUUUUUUAUAUAAAUAUAUAUUGUAGUAUAUUUGGAUUUCUUGUUUUUGGUAUGUUUCUGUUGUAUAGUGUUAUAUUUAUACCGGUUCAGAAGUCUCUAUUGGUAUUUCUGUUUAUUGCAUAUAUAUAAUACUGUAGAAGUGUUCUCUUAGGGGAAAUAGAUGCACAACUAUAUUACUCUAAAAAUGAAUAAUAUUGAUUUCUAGUCUUUAACUGUAGUUUCGGUGUUUUCUCUUCAGAUGUAAAUGAGGAAAGGUUGACACUUUUGCAAUAAAAGGCUUUCCUGUGA